AUGGGAACCACAAACUCCCGUCACGCGGCAGGUGGAUACUCUCUCUGUGUGGUCCGCGCCUUGGCAGCGGCCAAGCAGGCCGGAGACGGAUCUUUUCAACGCCGUUGUGACGAACUUCUGGCAGUCUUCGGACCGGAUAUGGCAUCGAUGUACAUGCAACAGCUGGACGAUCUGGAAAAUGAACCAGGACGGCCGAUCGUGCAUAAUGCGAACGGGUCAAUCCCUGCAGUCGUUCAUGGCACUGACUCGGAUGGCUUUGCCACCGAGACAAGGAGCGCCAAGGCUGCAGAGGCUUACGCCGACACUCGCUUCGCACUGAAGGUUGGUGCGCCGUACAUCGACCAGAUAUUAGACGGCAGCAAGCAGAUCGAAAUCCGAAGUGGUCCAUGUGCGCAUAUGGAAAGAAUUACUCUCAUAGAGGUAGGGUCGAAACUCAUCAAAGGACGUGUGACCAUUCGGCGAUCGCGACACAUGACGACAUCUGAGAAGCAGCAACAUGCCUCGGUACUGAGCAAGCUGGGAUACCAGAAUCCGUGGGCCUGGGAGUUGCAGGACCCCGAAGUCGUCGAUCCUCCUAUCGCGGUGCCAGACGCUGUCGGCAACAACAUCGUCACCUGGGUCCCGCGCGUGCGAUGGGAGAAGUGGGAGCGGGGUCAAGCGAUGACGCCUUGCCCUCGCCAGGCUAAGACGCGUAAUCCUGGUCACUCAUUGGCCCAGAAAUGGCGUGAGCAACUCGAAAGCCGCAGACUCCAGGAAAAGCUAUCUACACCUCGACGAAUUUCCUAUAGCCAGCAGCGAGGGCGUGAGACGGGACGGUUGCGACGGAAACUGCCAGCUGUAUACGGGGCCGAUGGGCGCCCAGACGCAGAAUGGAUGUCGUCGCUCGCUAUGGCGCUUCAACAGUGGUGCCAGUACAAGUCCUGGAGGGCAUGCUCGAUAUGUGGGCGCAUGCAACAGCAACGCUACAUGGCGCAGCACGGUCGCAACAGCGAUAGGACGGAGACCACUGCCCCGCCUUGUGGAUUCUGUCGCAGUGAGGGAAAAUUAGGGUAUCGGUCGCCAAGGCCGGCGGAGGUCCCGAAGUCUUUGCGGAAGCUGACGGAACGUUGCAGAGAUGCGCUGAGGCCAUUCGACAUCUACAGAGGUCAGGAAAGUCGAGCACCGCAAGGUUAUUUCGUGCACGCGGACAUGAUUCGGUUUGCUUUUAAGACACACUCGGUGGAGCAGCAAAUUGCCAACUUGCCGAGUCGGAAAGAAAGGCGCCGUGCGAGGCGUGCUUUCCGCUGGCUCAUGCAGCAAGACACCUCGGCUUACCGAGACUUUGUGGACUUACAUCGCGCUUUCCUGCAGCGUAGAGACACAGAGGCAACAUCCGAGGCGGCGAUGCCAAGAACCGCCAGGCUGCCGGUUUCCUUCCUGGAGACAGUCGGACUGGAGUGCGCAGUAUGGCCUGACUUGUAUUGGCGGACGAACAUGACGGAAACAUUUGCGCGUUCACAGGACGUGCGGCGGCAGCACGAGACCACAGGUGCUGCAGGGGAGCAGGGUGAAAAUACAGACGAGGAAAACGCACAGAGUCGAGAGCGUCACAGCGCAAAGGCUAGCUUUUUGGCCAAAGCCCUGGGACCGCUGCUAGGUUACAGCGCAGACCGCGCAUUAGUGCACUACGUGUACGACUUAUGGUUAUGGAGUAGUAUUGGAGGCGCGAGAAAUGCGGCGAACCUCGGCGUUCGCGAAGCCCUGGCCUCGAAAUCAUUCAGUCCGGAGUUUUGGCGCCGGAACCACGCCGCUCUUGUCGAUCUGCAGCGGCAACAAGGUCUACCGUCACUGUUCAUAACAGUGGCUCCAUUCGAACCCAGUUUUCCUUACCACGUCUGGAUCCAGGACGAGCUCGAAAAACACCUGCGCACGCGGACCAACGUGCCACUCGCCGAGACGCUCCACAUUGCCCAUGUAUUGACGCAGAUCGUAAAAGGAUUUCUGUGUGGUCACGGCGACGGCAAGCAGUCGAGCAAGGAACGCCGAGGAGGCUAUCUCCUCGCAGGCGGCCCGAGCUCCGGCUGCGUGCGCGCCUGGGUGGGGCGCCUAGAGUUCCAGGACGGGAAGCGUCUCAGACACAACCACGGCAGACAACAGGCAUACCAUGGUAGCGGGCGUGUCCAUCUGCAUUGUUUGGUUUGGCUGCAACGAGCUGCCAGCCUGGACCUUCCUUCCAAAGUCCGUGCAGAUAUCCCGAAGGAAGAAGCGGAACCGGAGCUUCGAUGCCUCGUCAGGGAUUCUCAGCUUGACUGGCACGACAGUGGCUGGCCAUUGCGAGAGGAACCGUCAGAGUACGAAAAGGUCUCCAAGCUCUUGCGAUUAAGACAUCCGCAGGAUGCAUUCGAUCAGCAUUGCCGAGCUUACUUCCCAGAUCUCCUGCAGAGCUUGCGGUGUCACAUGGACGUCCAAGCGUCCGAUGGCCGCAGUUAUCUUCCAAAGUUUAGUGACUCCUUCGCAAGCGAGUUACUCUCGAACGAGGCUUCGACUUUCGCGCUGACCAGGCGGAUAUUGUGUGAGUACCACCCGUUGGAACCCGAGAUGGUCUGUCAACUGGCCGGCGCGCAGGUGCCACAGUUCUUCUGCAGUGGAGUUGUUCGCAAGUUCGUGGUACCUGUGCCAUGGGGCAAACCGGAACUUCCGAGGAUAGUCGACCUCUACCAGAAAUGUUCCUGGAGAACAAAGGAUAUGAGUCUGCUGGAUUAUUUGCGAAAGACGAACAACAAAGGAGGCAUUCAGCAGCGGUAUGCGAGAAAGCAUAAGCGUGCAGGAGUCAAGCAGCCCCUCGAAGACUGGAUCAAUGAAGUUCCAGCGGACGGAAGCGUUCUGGUGGCCCUUGUGACGUACUCGAGGUACAACGACAAGUUUUUCGGCCAGUGGUUGCUGCUGCAUUUCCCAUUUCGACAGUUGGAAGAGCUUUGGGACGAGCGUGUCCAGAGAGUCCCCGCGAGUCUGCGAUUCCUGACGCUGUGUCUACUGAAAGCUCCGACAUAUUGGCGGGAUUUGCGGAACUUAGAAGCAGACCUGGAGUUAGAAGCACAGUCACAGUUCUACGUCCAAAACCUCCUCGCGAUGGUCGCCGCGCGAAUUGAACUUGCGGAUGCCUACUUGAGUGGUGAGAUUUCUGUACGGGACUUUCCUAACGAAGUCUCCGUCUUGGGUGGCAGCCUGGCGGAUACUGGCGUCGAUCUAGCAGCAGACCAGCUUGGUGUUCUGGCACGCCUCCGAAAGAACGUAGGCGUAGCCCUAGAAGCGAGGUGGCCCGAGGAAGUGGACCACGUGACGCCGUGGAUUCGCUGGAUGGAACAGGACACGGUCGUGAAUGAAGCACUGGCAGUACUCGGCCCUGCUGGAAGUGGAAAAAGCACGGCCGUCGAGGUGGCAGCCCGUGAGGCCAUGCGGCAGGGAGCCCGCGUCGGCAUAGCGUGUCCUACAGGAAUGCUGGCAUCACGCUAUAGACAUCGAUUCCCGGAUGCAGAUGUCGAUACAAUCCAUGGUAUGUUUGCUUUACAUCGUGCGGAGUCGGACACAUUGGACCUGAUGAUGUCGUACGACCUAGUGGUUAUCGACGAAGUCGGCCAAUUGUCCGUGUCUAUUUUCGAAAGACUGAUGAGACUGUGGUAUGCAGCCAUGCGCCGUCCAGCCCUCUGCUUCGUAGGUGAUUUUGCGCAACUGCGCAGCAUCGAAGGGACGAAUGCAAGGCAGAGUCCAUGGUGGCGCCAAGUGAAGCGUAUGCAUCUGAGGACCAUGCGAAGGUGCAAAUGCAAAUUGCUGCAGUGGAAGUUGGAGCUACUGCGGCAUGCUAGACCGACCAGGCAACAGUUGCGCGACAUCUUGCGAGGCCAUCGUGCACCAGUGUAUCGUCCAGACGGGCAUGCGACCAUACCGACGUUGGUUGAGAUCGAGCAGAUCAUGGCGGAGGCCAGGUCAGCCGGACGCAGAGUGCUGUUCGUCGCGCUGAGCCGACGGGGUGCAGAUCACUUGAAUAGGCUGGCUCUUUUGGCUCUCUUCUGGCAAAGCACGCCACUGACACGCCUCCCUUGUGAUCCAGACGCCAACUUGAAUAACUUCCAAGGGCGACAGCAGGUGGCAGCGGAACCAACGGAGAUGGCAAUUUUCCGCGGCAUGCGAGUACUCCUCACCGUCAACGAGGAUAAAGCACAUGGCUUUGUUAAUGGCAUGCUCGGAGUCGUUCGUCGAGUUCGACGCAAUGCCGUGGAAGUCCUGACUGACGCAGGCGAGGUGCUUGCCGUGCAUCCAGUCACGCGAGAAGUCGAGAUUGCCGGCGGCGAGACGCGCAGAGUAACAUACUACCCUAUGAGGGCAGGAUAUGCGACAACGCUGUAUAAAGUACAGGGCAGCACGUUGGAGAGCAUUGUUGUGUGGUUCGAUGUACCUUUUGUAGAGGCUGCUGCUUACGUGGCACUGUCACGUGUACAGUUUGACUCGCAGUGGUCCUUCGUAGGUGACGUCAUCACACAACACUGCGUGCCGGCAAGGACGGACUAA